UUAGCGCUCGGCCCGCUACUUUUCUUUGGCGUGCGCAUGCGACCGCUUGACCUCCAUCACCACCAUGGACCCGCAGACAGACCUCCCCGACCUUGUCGAGGACCUCGAAGUCAACAUCGAUGAGCUCACCGCCGCGCUCGACCCUCUGCUGGCCGCGCCUCUCCACUCGACCGCGUCCUCUCUGCCGCUCCUAGACAAGGCAGAGUUCUACUGCAUGUCCGCAUACGCCAUCGAAGCUGUUCUGUUCUCCGUGCUCAAGGCUUCGGGCGUCAAUGCCAUGGAACACGAUGUCUUUAAGGAAAUUGCCCGACUCAAGCAGUACAACAGCAAGAUCAAGCACAUCAAGGACCGGGGCGUCAUGGGCAGCGCCGAGGGCAGAGCGCGACUAGACCUAGGCGCUGCGCAACGCUUCAUCAAGCACGGCCUGGCUGGUAACGACAGGUACGACUUGGAGAGGCAGGAGCGCAUGGCCAAAGAGAAAGCCCGCGCGCACCUCAAGGCUCAAAACAUCAACAAGAAAUUCGACUCUGACGGCAACGCCAUCGAGUCUAAUGACGCCACGCCCAACAAGAGGGCUGUCGAUGAGGUCGAUGCUCAGGAGGACUAUUCGGAUAGCCAGGUUCUGCAAGGCUCCGAGGAAGCAGAGCCGGCUCCCAAGAAAGCUCGCGUCGACGCACCCGAUGCCAUGGACAUUGACUCUUCAUCCGCGUCGUCAGGUCACAACACCUCGAAAAAGCCGAAGAAGGAAACAAAGGCUAAGAAGGCCAAGACAAACCAGGAAGCCGCUCAGAGUGUAGAAAGCACCCAUACUGACACUGAUAACAACGGGGACGAAAUGCCCCAGCUUUCCACCGCAGCUGUCGAAUCGCAACAAGAACCCGUGCCAAAUACCGAUACACCGCAACCCAAAAAGCGCGGUCGCCCCGCAAAAGGAGACAACAAGACAACAAAGACCAGGCAGGACCUAGACACACCCAGCCUUGCAACACCCUCAAGAGCAGAGGAGCGCGUAACGAGGACGAGGAACAAGAGGCUUUCGACGCAAAACUCACAGGAAGACGAGGCUGUAGUGCCGACCCCAGGUCGCGCGCCCAAGACGCGGAGUGAGACAUUUAAUGCUCUUCUCGAUGGCUCGUUGAACGAAAAGCAGAAGAAAGGGACUGGUGGUAAAGGAAAAAAGAAGGGGGGGAAGGGAAAAGCCAAGUGAUUUUGUGGCGAUGGGUUUUCACCGAGUCCAUUGGACUGUGCGACAUAUCUCGAAACCUACGAAUAUCUUAAUUCGCUCCAGACAUACGGCGAACGAGUGGUCGCAGUAUGCAGGGUCAAGUUUGUGCAAAAAGUAAUGAUACCCCCCAAUCAAGAUUCUUAUAUUGUCAACACCAUUGCACUGAGUACAUAUAAAUGAAAUGAGUGCACUGACGAGAAAA